AGAUGCACUUUUUAGAACAACUCAUACUUUCCUAUGGGGUUUCAGAGGCUGCGCAGUGAGUAACUUCCUACUGCAAGGGCUUACAAGAGGGAGUUUACAUGAUAUAUAGAGAGGAACUGAUGCGUAUGAAGAAACCACAGGAAAGAGACAGAAAUUUGGAGUUCAGAGUGGAAGGGAGAGCAAGUUGUAAAGGAGAUGUGAAGUAGAGCGUGAAAAAGGGAUAGCACAGCAGAAGAGAACUAUUUAGAAGGUGGAUUGAAAAAGAAGAAGAGAUUGAGGGCACGUAAAUACAAUAAAAGGGGCAUCCCCAUCAUCGUCUUGGCUAAUCAUGGACACUUGCGAUGGUCGGAGCCUUGAACAGCUGAUGGAUGGAGCAUUAAUCACAUGGAUUCGGACCUUUGAACAGACAUAUAAUUUAGAAUAUGGGACACUUUAUACUACCAGGGACCUGCGCAAAGAGUACAUGCAGCUAUCAGAAGGGGACAUGCUGCACUUCAUUAUGAGUAUUAUUGACCCACGUCCAUAUCACGGAGAGCGAGAUCUGCACAGCCUGAGAAAACGACUUCGAGCCUAUUACCAGGAUGGGCUUCAACAACUGAUCUUAAUGCCGCUCCCUGAUACAACCUUAAUAUCCCAGGAUCAAAUCACAGUGUGCUCUGUGCAAGAGAUGGAAAAACUUUUAUCACUGAUGUUGGGAGCUGCAGUUCAGUGUGAAAGACGUGAACAAAUUAUCACAGGGAUCCGGAACCUGAUCCUGGAUUCACAGAUCAAGUUGGCAGAGAAAAUACAAGAGAUGACUCAGGACACACAGAAGAUAAUAGCUUUCCCUGGGUCUGAGCUUUCUCAUCUUUCCCACUCUGACCUUCAGGAGGCUGUUCACAUGCUAAGUACCCACCUGAGAGACAUUCUGAGACAAAGGGAUGAUGCCCAGGAGCGUCUGUCUCUCUUUCGCUGUGAACAGCAGAACAACAACAAUGCACCAGGAGACCCAGUGAUCAGAGGGAUACACCACAAUAUGACAUCUGAUCCACAUAGUUGGAAGAAUCGCUCAUUGCAUGUUGCUGAUUUACAGAGUAAAUUGCGGCGCGCACGCCAAGAACUAGAAGAAAAGGGGGAGGAGUUACUUGAUAACCAGCAGCAUGUGGAGAUGCUGGAGGCGGAACUAAGAAAACUACAUCAACAGGUUAGAGAGUUGUCUGCAAUGGCAGCACUUUCUCGAGGAUACAGAGAUGAACUGGAUGCCCUAAGAGAGCGCUCCAGGCGUUCCGAGGCCCAAGUGAAUGCUCUCAAUGAAAAAUUACGUGCCAUGGAGAUCUUUCAGCGUUCUUUGCAGGAAGAGAAAGAGUUCUCAAGGGCAUUGUUGGAGGAUAAAGAAGUAUUAGAGCACCAACUUGCAGCUGAGAGAGAAAGGUCUGAGAAACUGCGUUUGUGUGAGAAAGAAAAACAUUCAUUGGAGGAAACAAUACAGAGACUGGAAAUGGAGAGGGAUUCUGAGUGCCAAAGAGUCCAAUUUCUUCUCCAUGAUAAUCUUACUUUGGCCGAGGAGGUAAGAGUACUGAGGGAAGAGACACAAAGGGGAUGGGAGAGAGUGUACGAGAGCCAUGGAGACACCAUGUCAGUCUGGGAAAGAGAACAUGAGGGUGAGGCAGACCAAGGCUGGGAAAGAAUGCAAGAAGCAGAUCCUGACUUUUUAGAUCUUAAUUCAGAGCUAUCACAGGCACUACUGCGUUUAGAGAAAGAAAAUCAGAACUUGCGGGAAAGACUUCAAGCUCUCUCUGGAGAAAUUGUGGAUCCCAUGAACAAGGGGCAACAUGUCCAGACAGAUGGAGAGCAAGGUGGGAAGACACAGCCACAGAUAAGGUCACCAGACUUCUGUGUCAGAGAGGAGCCAGAUGGAGGCAGCUUGGGAGAAAGAGAUCGUCAGGUAGAAGGGAAUAGAAAGAUACAAGAUAAAAUUGAAAAAGAGAAGUCACAAAGUACAGAAUGUAAAGAGACAGAUGAGAAGAAUGACUCACAGAGAAAACUUGAAGGAAGUGUUGAGGGCAUUGAGCCCAGGCAGUUAGAAGGUAUACGUUCUGAGAGGCAGUCAAAGGAAGCAAAGUUCCAACUCGCUGGAAAACAAUCAUUUAACAAAUUGUGUCAAGCUAGUGUUGACAAGGAGACACCAGCAGGCAGUAAUGUAGAAAUAAAAUCAAAAGAGCAACAGUCUUGUGGCAGACAACUAGAGGAGCAUUGUCAUAAAGUGCAACUCCUGACAGGGUGUUUGGAAGAAAUCUCUCUAGAACAGAAGUCAGAUGACAAUUAUUGGCAAAAAAAACUGUCACGUGAGACAGAAGUAAUAAAGAGACAACUAGAAAAGAGUGCUCUAGAGAUUGACUUACUGAAAAGACAGAUGAAAGAAAAGCAAGAAGAGGUCCAGUACAAGCAGAGCCAACUUUCUGAAAGCACAGAGGAGAAAAUUGCCCUACAGAGAAAACUUCAAGAUAAUGCUGAAAAAAUGCUGUCUCUGCAAAAACAGCUGGACAAGAGCAUCAAAGAAUGUAAUCUGUUGAAGCAAGAACAUCAAGGUACAGAGAAGCAAUCACAUAAAAAGCAGCAUGAGGAUGGUAAUGAGGAAAUGCAAACACAGAUGAAGAGGCUAGAAGAGAGUUCUAAAGAAAUUCUGUCCCUUCAAAGACAGUUGCAAGACUUUCUUAAAAAAGAGGAGUCAUUGCAGAAACAACUUGAGGCCAAUGAUAAAAUGGCAGAGACUCAGCAUAGACAUUUGACUGAGAGAUCUGAAGAAUUGAUAUUAUUAAAAACACAAUUAGAUGACAUGGAGCAAUCACAUCACCGGCAGAUGGAAGACAGUGCUAAAGAGCUGGAGUCACUAAAGGAUAAGCUAAAGGCAUACCAAGAACAGGAACAAAUGCUAAACAGGAAACUCCAAGAAAUCACUGGCGAGUUAAAGUCCCUGAAAAGACAACUUGAAGAGAAUAACGAGGAAAAACACUGUCAACAAAGACAGCUUCAAGAAAGUGUUAUGGAAGUAGAAGCACUACAGAAACAGUUGCUAAAGACAUUGGAGUCAAAAGAACUGGAGACUCAGCUGAAAGAAAGUGCUGAAGAAAUACAGCUACUAGGUAAACAGUUAAAAGAGAGCAGAGAUGCCGAGGCAUUGAGGAGACAGUUACAAGAAACAAAGGGACAAUCAUUCAAGAAACAGCUUCAAGAGAAUGCAGAGGAGAUACAGUCACUAAAAAAUCAACUAAAUGAAAGAACAGCAGAGACUAUUACACACGAGAUGCAGCUGACAGAAAGAGAAAGCUUGGAGAAGUCACUCAAGGGACAGUUGGAAGAGAGAACUCUGCAUAUUCAGUCACUUCAAAACCAACUAGAGAAGAAAACUGAAGAAGAAGAGUCACUAAAGAGAAGGCUAGAAGACAAUACAAGAGAGAAACAACUACAACAAAGUCAGUUAGAUGUGAGCAUUAAGGAAAUAGAGACAUUGAAGAGACAACUAAAGGAGUCUGAUAAUGACCAGAUAAAAUAUUCUGCUGAUCACAUAGAAUCUCUUAAGAGAUUAGAAGAAAGGGAAAAAGUUGAGCAGCUGUUAAAGAGAGAGUUGCAAGUGAGUGCUGAAGAAGUGCAGUCUCUGAAGAAACAACUGAAUGAUAGACAAGAGAAAUCUCUCAGCAGAGACCUUGAGGAAAAAGAGGUGCUACUGAGACAGCUGCAGCAAACAAAUGAUUCAAUGAAGAAACAACUGGACGAAAAAUCGAAAUACAUUGAAGAUCUCACUAUACGGCUUGAAGUGAAUAGUGAAAAGGAAGGCACUUUACAGACAAGGCUUGAAGAAAUUGAGACACUAAAGGGGAAGCUAAAGGAGGCCAGUAAUGAACUACAAUCACAGAAAAUCCUCCUGGAAACAAACAAAGUAACAGAAGAUUCAUUAAACAGAAAACUACUGGACAGUUCAGAUGAAAUACAGUCAUUAAAGAGGCUCUUGGAGGAGGAAAAAGCACAAUGCAAGCAGAAACAAGAGUACGAGGAAAUGAAGGAAUCUCCACUGGGACAGGAUAAUGACCUAGGAGAGCUGCAUUCAUUAAAGAGACAGUUGCAAGAGAGCAAUGAAGAAAUGCAGUCACUAAUGAGGCAGCUGGAAAAGAGUGCAGCAGAGGUACAAACUGUAAAGAGGCAGUUUCAAGAAAGUGCAGAGAAAAUACAGUUACAGAAAAGACAUCUGGAGGAGAGUGUGGGUGAGAGUCUGUCCCUUAAGAGACAACUGGAAGAAAGAGUAGGACGGGAGCAGUCUUUGAAGAGACAGCUGGAUGAAUGCACUGCCAAAGUCCAACUACUCAAGAAACAGCACAAAGAACAUGCUGAAGAAAACACUAAGUGGAAGAGUCAGUUGGAAGAGAAAGAAAAAGAGAUGCAACAUAUGAAGAGGCAACUCAAUGAAACAAUAAGAGAUUCACUUGAAAAAGAGUCAUGUAAGAGUGCUGAGAUCCAGUCAUUAAAGAGAGAAUUGGAAGAAAGUAGAGAAUCAUUAACAGCACAGUCGUUUAAAAGUGAACUUCAGGAAAGCAAUAAUAAAAUAGAAACUUUACAGAGACGGUUGCAAGAAAGAGAAGAUGAGAUUGAAACAUUGGAAAGAAAGCUCCAGGAAAGUGCAGAUGAGGUAGACCUGCAGAAGAAGCAACUAGAUGAAAGCUUAGUUAAGGCACGGUCACUAACAAAACAACUAAAUGACAAGGAAGGCUAUGAGCUGAUACUUAAGAGACAGGUAGAAGAGGUUAGUCUGUGGGCAGAAGACCUGCAGAGACAACUGAAUAAUAAUAGCACUGCAAAGGUUUCCUCUCGCAAGAGACAGAUGCCAGAGAGCACUGGAGAAGGAGCGUUACACAAGAAACAGAUGGAAGGAGACAAAGCAGAAUGUCUGUCCCCUAAAACACCACAGAGAGAAGGAGAAACACCUUUAACAAAGGAGAAGUUACAAGUUAAUGUUCAAGAAAUAACAACCCAAACCAAAGAGUCAGAUGGAGAGGGGCAUGAACAAUCAACUACCAUUAGCAAUAACUGUACUGAAUCUAAAAACAACUCACCAGUCCUUUUCAUGCCCAAAGCUGAUGGCAAUUCCUUAUAUACAUUUGUUCAUACCUCUUCCCCCUUCUCAGCGUCUAGCUUGAUUUCCCUCCCUGCCUCCACUUCGGAUACCCCAUCCUUUACUGCAUCUACACCACCUUCAUUCCCCCUUCGUGUUUUAACCCCAAACUCAUUACCCUUCCAUGUAGCUAAGCCCUUGCAAUUACCUGUCUCUCACUCCAUUUCUGUCCCUGAAUCUUGCCCAACCACUGAAUCUGCCCCAUUGGCAGUCACAACUGCACCCUCAGAACCUGCCCCUGUAUCUGCCAUACUACCCACUCAUUCAUCCCAAUCUAUACAAACCACCACAUUCCCUUUCCCUUCUAUAUCAUCCCUCCUUCCCAGUCCUGAUACCACACUGUCCCUGCUGGUACUGGAGCUGCAGGGAGUGCGAAGAGAACGGGCAGAAAUGCAGGGACGCUACGAUUCCCUGCUUAAGGACCUGCAGAGACAAGAGGGAGAUUUAGAGAGAGCCCAGAGAGAACUGAGGCGUAGCCGGAGUGCACUGAGAAUACUUAGACAAGAACAUCAAGAGCUUCAGGAGAGGUUUUCUCAGUUGACUGUGCAGGGAGAGCAAACACAGCAAGAACUUAAAAGAAAAGUGCAGGAGCAAGAGGGAACAAUACAUGAAUCCCAUUUGGAAAACCAGAAUCUGCAAGUAGAACUGCAAAGGCUGAAAGAAGAGCUAUCUCACAUGGGCAAGACCUUAGACGAGAGAUCUUCAGAUCUUCGGGAGAUGAAGAAGCAGCUAGGAACAGAACAGAGAGAGAAAGACAACUUGGAAAGAGAGCGUAGUGAGCUGCGAGAGCAAGUACAGCGCCUAGAAAUCAGCAGCACAGCACUCACCGAACAAUGUCAGGUGUUAUCCCAGGUGAAACUCACCCUUCAAGACCAAAACAAUCUCUUGCUGUCACAGAUACACAGUCUCAGUCGGGAUAACAGAGAGCUGUUAGAGCGCAGCUUGCAGAGUGGAGAGCUGAGACAGGAGGAGGAAAGACGCUACAGGGAGAAACUAACAGAACUUAAACACGAAAAACAGAAACUAUUAGAUAAAAUCAUGGAUCAGUACAGAGUUUUGGAACCAGCACCCGUUCCACACAGCCGGAAAAGCAAUUGGAUAACAGAUAAGAUGAAGCGACUACUCAGAGCAAAAGACAGACCCCCACGAGGGCCAGGGGAUACCUCCCGCAUCUUAAACCCCCCUGCUGAACCACCACUGGACCCAGAGAAAACACCCAAAAGUACAGUAACACUCCGUCGUAGCAGAAGCUCAGUCACACCUUCAAGUCCAUCUCUCCCAGGCAGUCCUAUUCGGGCACGUCAUGCAAAAUUAAGCUCAACAAUUCGUAGCAGCGAAUCAUUUAGCAGUCAUGAUACCACCCCCCGGGAGAAAUUUCGACUGAGGCGCAGGGGACAGGUCCAUGAAAGUGAGGGGGAGGAGCCUGUAGGUGGAGAGACUGAAUGAACCAGCUAAAACACUCUAAGGGCGCUGGCCACUGUAGAUAUUGCCCACUGUAUAAAUAUAUAUAUAUAUAAUGAUAACUAACUUUGUUUAUUAUAAAUUAAAUAAAAAUAUAUCCAAUCAGUUAAGUUAUUUUAUUUUUUUCAUUUUGCAGAAGCUGUGGGGUACCAUGUGGGUCUUUGCAGCCAUGAUGCUGACAUGCAAUGAUAGAGGAGACUGCAAUUAUGCAGUUCAUUGCCCGUCAUGCUUAGAGUCUUGUAUGAAAGUGCUUGGCAGAUCCUAAUCCACAGUACACUGGUUACCGUGGCUAGAAGACAUAACCUCAGUUAAAGAAGGUUACUUGAGUGUGAGGUCCUAUAAUGACUUUAUAAAGAGAGACAUUCUAGAAUCAAGUACAAAUUCAUUUGCAAAACCUGCAGAGUAAAGUUGUUGCAACCAGGAACUAAGGGUUUUAUGUUUUUUUAUUGAAAACUUUACAACAAAAAAUGAACAUUAUUUAAAUAACAUUACAAUAACACUGUAUUACAGUCAUACAGAACCAAAAUCUCCAGCAACAAACAAAAUAAGGAUGGCAAAUGUGUACUCUGGAAUCAUGGUACGGGAAUACGAAGCUUGGUCAGCUCACUUACUAUUGCCCUUACUACACAGUCUAUGGGAGUGUUUUAGACAGAAGAGG